CGGUGUCUACCAGCACUUUGCUCCUUCCAGACAGACACACUGGUCGGCUGCUGUGUAGCUAACUUAGCGUAGGCGAACAGUUCAAUAAAGUGUCGCAAAAUGUCUCACCCGGUGCCCACUAGCAAGCCGUCCAACCCCCAAAACCCUCGCGUUUUCUUCGACGUUGACAUUGGCGGCACUAGAGCCGGCCGAAUUGUUCUGGAGCUGUUCGUUGACAUCACACCCAAGACGGCAGAGAACUUCCGUGCACUCUGCACGGGGGAGAAAGGCCUGGGGAAAUCCACAGGGAAACCUCUGCACUUCAAAGGAUGCCCUUUCCACAGAAUUAUUAAGAAGUUCAUGAUCCAGGGUGGAGACUUCUCUAACCAGAAUGGCACCGGUGGCGAGAGCAUUUACGGGGAGAAGUUUGAGGAUGAAAACUUUCACUACAAGCACGACCAAGUGGGCCUAUUGAGCAUGGCCAAUGCGGGGCCCAACACCAACGGCUCGCAGUUUUUCAUCACCACGGUGCCCACGCCACACCUGGAUGGCAAACACGUGGUCUUUGGGCAGGUGCUCAAGGGAAUGGGGGUGGUCAAAAUGCUGGAGGCCAUCGGCACCAAUGACGACGCUCCUGUCAAGCCUUGCGUGAUUGCCGACUGUGGUGAGCACAAGGACGCUGACAGCUGGGGCGCUGCCCCCUGUGACAGCACCGGCGAUGCCCACCAUGACUUCCCUGAAGACUCGGAUGUUGACUUCAAAGAUGUGGACAAAGUUGUGGCGGUGGCCGAGGACAUUAAGAAGAUUGGAAACAACCUUUUUAAGAGUCAAGACUGGAAUGCUGCUGUCAAUAAAUACAGCAAAGCUCUCAGGUAUUUGGAAAUGUGCGGGGAGGUUUUGGAGGACGAGGGCGACGAGUCUCCAGCGCAAAAGAAGCUGCUGCCUGCCGUGCUCAGCUGCUACCUCAACACGGCAGCCUGCAACCUAAAACUGCAGAUGUGGCAGGAGGCCGUGGACAGCUGCAACGAGGCUCUGGAGCUGGACAAAGGCAACACCAAGGCUCUUUUCCGGAGGGCUCAGGCCUGGCUGGCCCUCAAGGAGUAUAGCCAAGCCGUGUCUGAUCUGAAGACAGCUCAGGGAAUAGCUCCGGAGGACAAAGCCAUCAGCAAUGAGAUGAAGCGUGUGCUGCUCCAAGUCCAGCAGGAGAAGGAGAGAGAGAAGAAAAUCUAUGCCAAAAUGUUUGCCUGAGUGGUCGACACGCCUCGUCAGGUCACAUACCUCAUCCAGAAAUUGUUUUUCAACACUGAAUGCCGUCACUGUUUUGUAGCAGUGUGCUUGGAAUACAUCGCAAGACCCUCAGCAAGUGCAGAAGAGUCAAGUAGUUUAUUCACUGAUGUGACAAUAUGUACAGUACAACAUGUACCUGGAAUAAAUGUUAACUUAUCAAAAACGCUUGCUGGAAGUCUACAUUUAAUAUACUUGAAGGCCACUUUAUGCAAAUGACAUGUUCAAACCACACUUUGUUCUGUCGCGGUAGUGUCACAUGAUAAAUUAAUAAAAUCCAGGCUCUUAAAACAUGA